AUGGCUUUCCGAACCCCCAUAAGCCAGCUCACCAAAAGAGCGUCACAGUCAACAAUAUCCAGAUUGACAAGUACGCCAUCAACUGCAUUAUGGCAAAGGGCCAAUGCAAAUCAAUUACGGUCUCUUGCGACACACGUACCGCCAGUAACGCAAGAUGCUACGAGCUCGAAGGGUCCCACGGCUAUGGUUUUUAUGAACAUGGGAGGUCCAUCCACAACGGAUGAAGUUGGGGGUUUCUUGAGCAGACUCUUUGCAGACGGCGACUUAAUUCCUCUCGGCCCACUUCAAAACUACCUUGGCGCCUUCAUCUCUAAGCGUCGAACCCCCAAGAUCCAGAAACAAUACGCCGCAAUUGGUGGCGGCUCGCCCAUUCGAAAAUGGUCCGAAUAUCAAGCAGCAGAGAUGUGCAAGAUUCUCGACAAGACCUCACCAGAAACUGCACCCCAUCUACCCUACGUCGCAUUCAGAUACGCGAAUCCUUUGACAGAAGAAAUGUAUAAUAAGUUGCUGGCAGAUGGAUUUGGUGGUGGCAAGGGAGGCAGGGCUGUAGCUUUCACGCAAUACCCACAAUACAGUUGUUCUACGACUGGGAGCAGUCUGAACGAGUUGUGGAAGUGGAGACAAAGAUUAGAAGGGAAGAGCGAUGCUGCCAAGGCUGGCGACAAUGAUGGGACAAUCAAUUGGAGUGUGAUCGAUCGAUGGCCAUCGCAUCCUGGAUUGAUUGAUGCAAUUGCACUUAAUAUUGAAGCAAAACUCGCUGAAUAUUCCGAAGAACAACGGAAAGAUGUGGUGCUCUUGUUUUCGGCACACAGCCUGCCAAUGUCUGUGGUAAACAGAGGUGACCCAUAUCCUGCGGAAGUUGCUGCCACAGUUGCAGCUGUAAUGACCAGAUUAGGUCAUUCUCACCCUUACCGUCUUGUAUGGCAAUCGCAAGUCGGACCUAGUGCUUGGCUUGGAGCUCAAACCAGUGACACUGUUGAGAACUACAUUGCAAAGGGUCAGAAGAACUUGAUUCUUAUUCCAGUGGCAUUCACAUCGGACCACAUUGAGACGUUGUACGAGUUAGAUGAAGAAGUAAUCGGCGAAUCCGGACACAAAGACACGAUCAAGAGAUCCGAGAGUUUAAAUGGCCACCCUGUGUUCAUUGAAGCUUUGGCUGAUAUUGCGAAAAAGCAUCUGGAUAGUGGGGUAGUUGCAAGCAAGCAGAUGGGGUUGAGAUGUCCUGGGUGUAAGAGUGAAAGGUGUGCGGAAAGCAAGAAGUUCUUUCUGGGACAAGGGAAAGGAGAGACAUUCGCUGUAUGA